GUCACCAUUUUUUAUUUUCACUGUUUGUUUACUUUAUUUAUUUGUUACUUUAUUUGUUUACUUUACCGAUUAUAAUUCGGAAUUCAGAUAUUUCAUAAUUUUGUUUAAAAUAUGCAUACACAACAAAAAUACAAGAAAUGCUUUAUAACAGUAGGAACAACACGUUUUGACUUACUAUGCAAACGUAUUCAAACACCUGAAGUUCUACGCGCUUUAAAUAAACUUGGCUGUAAAGAAAUAACCUUUCAGAUAGGAAACAGUGAUUUCGAACCGGGUUGCUAUGAGAAAGAAGGUGUUAAAAUUGAGUUGUAUAGAUUUAAAGAUUCAUUAAAAGAAGACAUGCAAAGUGCCGAUUUGAUUAUAAGCCACGCAGGUGCAGGUAGUUGUUUAGAGGCGCUGGACGAAAAGAAACCGUUACUUGUAGUUAUCAAUGAAGAUUUAAUGGACAACCAUCAAAUGGAGUUGGCGGAACAGUUGCAUAUGUCCGGGAACCUUUAUUACUGUACUUGUGAUACAUUGGAAAACACUUUGGAAACUGUUGAUUUUAGUUGGCUGCGACCCUUGGCUGAGCCAGUGCCACAUAAUUUAACCAAAUAUCUAGAUAAGAUCUUUACAGUUACAAAACUUCAUAAAUGAGUACUUUAGUAAAUGAUAUGAAAUGAAAUAUUUAUAUUGCUAAAUAUGGGCUAGUUAUUGGUGUUUAUGAUAUAAAGUUCCAACAUAUUCUGUUAAUACAUCAACAUGCAAAAUUGAAACAUUAAAUUAUAUUAAUAAUAAUCUUAUUUGUUAUCAAUUAUAUAAAAUAAUGUUCUGAGAUUUACAGUGUCAUAUUAAAAUCAUUGUAUGAGUUAUUUAAUCACAAUUCUAUAUUUAAAUACAAUUAAAAUUUAAUUAACAUGUCAUUAUUAGCUGUCAAAAUUAAGGUCAAGCACACAUGCAAAAUUAAGCAGGAACCACAGAUAUUUCAUGAUACCCAUAGCAGCUAAGGUAUUAUGCGAUGGUAUAAUGAUUUGGCACACAACCAUAGAAACAGUUUCCUUUUAAAGGUUUUCAAGGGUGUUUUUUUUUUACAUUUAUUUCAAUUUUAUUAUAUAUUUGGCAGCUCAUUUUAAAGUCUGUGCAAGUCGGUAUUAAACCAUAAACAGUAUUAUACAUUCCAAACA